AUGGGACAAGACACCAAUAGCGCGGGCUAUGAAUCCCGCAAAUCCCCAUCGCCUAAUACGCAGCAUCGACGUGGGUAUCAGGCUUGUGAUCCAUGUCGCAAGCGCAAGGUGAAGUGCGAUCUCGGCAGUGUUGAUAACCCCCGCCCCCCGCCGUGUGUUCGAUGUCGUCGCGAAAGCAAACGAUGCGAGUUCUCGGCCACCCGUCGCAAGCGCAAAGGCUCCGAUGCAGCGGACGAGGACAAGACCGCUAUUCUCCACCGCGACAAGCGGAUGAUGAUCGGAGAGGUCGCCCCGAAGGAGGCCACGAAUCACGAAUCUCCAUUUGCAAAGUCCGAACCGCCGCCUUUUGAUGCAGAUGCUAUUCGCGCGCGACAGCGAUGGUCUGAUACUUCCCCAGCAGGGAUCGGCCCUCGGUAUACCCCGGCUGCCCCGGGUACCCAGGCUCCUGCGUACCCGGUGGGUGAGCGCAGUGCAGCACCGAGCUAUGGAGGACCGCCCAUGAUGAACCGCACUGCAGUGGAGCUGUUGUCGCCGGCGAUCACCAAUACCCAUGACGCUCUGCAUCUGCUCUCCGAGGCUGCGGGCAGGACGGAGGAUCUCAACCGCCAGAGCAUGGAGAACCGUUAUGCUGCACGGCAGUCAGUCUCUUCAUUCAAUUCCGGGCCCUCGCCACUCCCACAGGGCAGCUCGCCCCGUAGCCUAGGCGGGUCCUUUGCUCGGACUCCUCGAUCAGGCAUGUCCAUGGGCGGGACGACCUACUUCCCGGCCAGUGGCGCGGCGCCCGUGGACCCCCAGAUCGCCGAAAAUGGUGGCCCGAGAGAUAGCCCACCGAACGCUCAAGAUCCUGGAUAUGUGGACGCCAUCCGGGCGUGGUCACGGCUGCGUUUUGUGCGUGCGGGGUGGUUGACUGUUGAAGAAGGAAUGGACUAUGUGGCAUAUUACUAUGAGAAUCUGGCGCCCAUGAGUCCGGUGGUCAUUCCUGAUUUCUCCAACCCUUCUACCCACCGCACCCUGCUCACCGAUGAACCGGUGUUGGCCGUGACUAUACUCACGAUUGCUUCUCGGCAUCUCAAGCCCAAGGGCGACGGGGCCUACACGCGCGCAUUUUACAUCCAUGACCGCCUUUGGUCAUAUCUGCGCGGUAUGAUUGAACGUCUGUUCUGGGGCCAGGAGAAAUUCGACACCGUGGCAGUUGGCAUCGGCCCACCUCGAUCCCUCGACAUAGGCCCGCCGUCAGGGAAGAUUGUGGCGAAGGGCAAUUUAAGGUCUUUGGGUACUGUCGAAGCUAUGCUACUUCUCACAGAGUGGCAUCCGCGGAAUCUCCAUUUCCCUCCUGGCGAUGACGAAAACACGCUCCUGGACACGGAGGCCCAAACACAAAGCCGGGCCGACAAGGAUCUGGAUCAUGAAGGCGAGCAGACAGGUAACAAGGCGACCCCCAGCAUUGCCGAGGGAAGGGUUGCUUUCCAGAAGUGGCUGGAACCAGCCUGGCGAUCAGACCGGAUGUCCUGGAUGCUCCUGAGCACCGCGCAAGCCCUGGCAUUCGAGCUUGGCGUUUUCGACCACAAGAGCGAGUCCAAAGCUGCGACAGAGUCGCCUUCUGAGCAGACACGAAAGCGUCGGUUACGUCGGUUGAUCUUGGUCUUUAUCACGCACAGCAGUGGUCGCUUGGGGAUUCCAUCCAUGCUUCCCUUGCCGCAGUGGACGCAAGACAUCUCACCAAGUUCGACCAAUGCCAACGACGAGGAAGCUAAUCUAGACCGCAUGCAAGAUUGCUGGAUCGAGAUCUCGAAAAUUGUCUACCAGGCAAACCACCUGUUAUUUGCAUCCAAUGAACAAACCUCGGAACUGAUUCGAAGUGGGAGAUAUCGCGACCAAAUCGACCGGUUCCAGCCAUACUUACGGGAGUUCCGGCAGCACUUUGAAAGCGUCACUCUCACUCCGGCAAUGCGAACCAUCUUAAGCAUUGAGUACGAGUACACACGCCUAUAUCUUAAUUCUCUUGCUUUACAGGCCGUCGUCGAUCGAUGGACUACCAUGUCUAAUGAGUCCGCUCAAGCCCAGACCGGCCGUCCAAGCUCCGGACCGUCAUCGGGCAACACUGGCUGGUUUCCGACGCUGAUGGAGCUCUACCGUGUCAAUGAGACUUAUAUUCAGGAAGUUGUAGAUGCCUCCCGGAAGAUUCUCCAGACGGUCCUGGAGGGUCUUGUACCCGAGGGCCGCCUUCGCCAUGCGCCAAUUCGGACAUUUUUCCGAAUUUUGUCGGGCAUGAUCUUCAUCCUUAAGACGUUUACAUUGGGUGCGAGAGAGGACGAUGUGCGGGUGUCUUUGGAUCUCCAGGACCGAACAGUGGAGGCACUGCGGACCUACGUCGUGGACGACGUGCACCUGAGUAACACUGUUGCUCGACUGUUGGAACUACUUACCAGCAGUAUCCGUACACGCUUCUUGCGGUUUGCACCCCAUGAUCGUGGAGCCGAUGGCGACGGAAAGGACCGUACCUCGGCCCCAGUCUCGCGAGCUCAGUCUCCGCCCCGGGACAGUGUCUCCGGGCGCCGUGAAGGCCUUAAUACACCCUGGUCCUCCACUCACGGCCAGGAUAUGGCCUCCGCUGGUGCUGGUCUGGGAUACAUGCAAAACAAUGGUACCGGCAGCAACCCGACCGGAAACGACCCGCUAGCCAGCAUCCCUGCGCAGCCGAUCAAUUCAUCCAACCUCAAUAAUGUCUCGUUCAUGCCGCCUCCCCCGUCCGUGUACUACAACUACUACGAUCCCAGCUCCACCUUGCCCGCAAAUGACCUGGAUAGGUCCUCGCCGAACCAUGUCGCCUCAUCACAGACCAUGGCCGACAGUAACGGAGCGAACGCCACCUCGGGUGUGCCACCGGACUGGUUCGCUCUCCCGCUGGAUCAGUUCUUUAACAGCUCAACCGCGGUGGUUGACCAGGGUCUCGGUGGCACAGGCCCGAUGCUCGGUGAGUUUGACAUGCUCGAAGUAUUGCUCAACGAGGGUUAUGACGCGAAUGCCAACGGCGAGGGCGGCGAGCCGUCCGGGGGCGGGACACUCCCAUCGCAGUUUUUAACAUAA